UGCUGCCACACUCACUCUCUCCAACUCACUUUUGGUGAUCCCGUUUCUUGAGCAAGUACCUAUCCAUCACGUUCCGUUAUCCGCAGCCUUGGUUGCUUGGUGUUGAGUGCUUCCGUGCCAACAAAACUUAUCAAAUAUUUGAUGAGAUGUAUGUGUUUUGUAAUUGUACCUGAUUAAUGCCAUCUUCUAUUUUACGUUAGACCCUAAUAUAUCUAUCUCUCUAUCUAUUCAUUAUACCUUCUUUGCACUAUAAAUGCCUUCCUUUCCAAACCAACCUUGACCAACACCACCUUCACUACCUCUAUAGCUACUUCUCUUGUUGCUUUAAUGGGAGAUAACAAUGUCAACCUUCCGCCCGGAUUUCGAUUUUAUCCAACAGAUGAGGAGCUUGUAGUUCAUUUUCUUCAUAGAAAAGCAGAACUUCUACCUUGCCACCCCGAUGUCAUCCCUGAUCUUGAGCUCUACUCAUAUGAUCCAUGGGAACUUGAUGGUAGAGCUUUGGCAGAGGGAAAUCAAUGGUACUACUACAGCAGAAGGACACAAAAUAGGGUCACUGAGAAUGGAUAUUGGAAGCCAACAGGAAUUGAAGAGCCAGUGAUUUCUAGCACAAGCAAUAAGAGAGUUGGCAUGAAGAAAUAUUUCAUGUUCCAUUUGGGAGAAGCCAAAACCAAUUGGAUAAUGCAAGAAUAUCGUCUAUCAGAUUCUGCUUCCUCCAGCAGCAGAUCAUCCAAAAGAAAAUCACAACAAAAAACAGAUUUUAAUAAAUGGGUGAUAUGUCGUGUUUAUGAGUGCAAAGAAGAUGGUGAUGAUGGAACAGAGCUUUCUUGUUUGGAUGAAGUUUUCUUGUCACUUGAUGAUCUUGAAGAAAUAAGCUUACCAAAUUAGCCUAUGCAAGUGAUUGAUUUAGCUAGAUAGCUGCAUUAUCUAAAUGGGAUAAUUAAUUAAGCUGAUUAAUUGCUUGUGAUCAUUAUCAUCCGUUAUUAAUUUACUGGCAGUAGUUAAUUAAAUCCAGUAGCAAGUGUAGCUGCCAUUGUAACAGUGAAAUGGCUAGAACUAGAUUUUCCACAGCAGCCUCUCAAGUGGGGCACUAUGUGAGAUUCAUGUUCAACCAAUAUGUAAUAUGACGUUAUGCUUCCAAAGAUCCCAUUCACUACCAUAGUCA